AUGGUACGCACAGGCCAAUGGGAGAAUGAGGUUCCUGCUACCGCGUUCUACACGUGGGUUUGCGAGCACUACGAGCUCACACCUGAGGAAUCGCGAACGGCCCAUUUGACUGAUGAGAAUGGUUUUCUUAUUCCUUCACCCAAGAAGUUUCCGUGGUGGGCUGGGCUACUCAUUGCAGUGGGUGUCUGUGGGAUCGUGGCACUCAUACUCGUGUGCUGCUGCUGCUGCAACAAGCAUAAUAGGGAAAUGGAGGAAGAAAGAGAAGUCGCGAAUGAUUUGAAGGCAGGUGAGAAUAUUCAUCGUAUUCCCACACAGUCCGAAUUGGGUAUAGGCCGAUCCUCAAGCAUAUACCNUGUCUGUGGGAUCGUGGCACUCAUACUCGUGUGCUGCUGCUGCUGCAACAAGCAUAAUAGGGAAAUGGAGGAAGAAAGAGAAGUCGCGAAUGAUUUGAAGGCAGGUGAGAAUAUUCAUCGUAUUCCCACACAGUCCGAAUUGGGUAUAGGCCGAUCCUCAAGCAUAUACCAGGAUGGCGACGGGUACGACAGCGGAGUGGAGAGCGUUUCCGGAAUGGAAGCCAACCCACUCGAUGCUGGCUACGGUGAUGCCGACGGUUUUGAACCGCAGGUUGCCUAUGCCGACCAAGGUGCAUAUCCUCCAGAAGAAGUAUAUUGA